AUGAACAAGCCUGGAGUAAAGGAGUACCGAGAGUACUGCCCUCCCGGAGUCAAACCUGUGAUUGCGUCGGGUGGAAGCGCAUGGAUAGGAGAAGUUGAUGAAACUACAGUCUUGAAGUACCCUAUCGCGCCUGACAACACAGACGUGAGUUGGCUAGAGAUGGAGAGAAAACUCCUCGAGAUUGUCGGACACCACGAGCAUAUCAUAGUGAAAGGGUGCACAGAGAACGGCUGGCUCUAUCUGGAGCGUGCGACAAACGGGGACUUGGAUGACUAUUAUCUCAGACCAGCAUACCCACAUCCACCGCCAUCUCUCGAGCAAAGGAUAGCCUGGUGGUGCCGAGAAAUAGCCGAGGCAUUUGCAUGGGUUCAUAGUGGAGGAGUCAUCCAUUGUGAUAUACAGCCCAGGAAUAUUCUUCUGGAUGACGGACUACGCACAAAGCUGGCUGACUUCCAAGGGAAGCAUGUGUCGGAGAAUGGCACCGUGCUUCUUGAUGGGUGGAGUAGUGAGCCUUGCAGGUUCUACUGCCCUCGUCGUGACCCGAUUGAUGCAGAUGUGCAGACAGAUCUCUUUGCUCUGGGAUACACUAUCUAUUUUAUUCAUGUGGGACAUGCUGUCUUUCCUGAUAUUGCUGACGGGGAAGCCGGAUGCUUUGAAAAAGUCGAGUAUACGCUUGCAACGCAACGGUUUCCAGAGGAUACGCAUGCUUGUAGCGAGAUCACUCGCAAAUGCUGGCACAAAGAGUAUGACUCUGCCGAUGACUUGCUUCUGGAUCUGGAGAUUGUCCGAGAGGGAAUGUUCGACGCUGACUGUGACUGA